AUGGACACCUACUUCCCAAUUCUGACCGCUCUACAGUUUGUAUUUUACAUGGGAUGGAUGAAAGUCAUAGAAGCUGUACUUAAUCCUUUUGGAGAAGAUGAUGACGACUUCGAAACUAAUGCACUCAUUGACAGAAAUAUAACGGUAACUUCUACACCUUGA